CGAAAACCCCGAUCAACCAGUCGCGUCCCAUGUCGCGUGCUUGCUGCAGGCACUUCCAGGCUGCUGCUGCUGCUAAAGAUGAUGUCAACCUCCAUCACCGCACCUGUUUCCAACCUAGGAAGUCUUCCACCAAGCUCCAAAUGCAUCGUCCAGUCCGUAUUGAGACUCAUAUCCGCAUGAUCUCGCUGAGUUUCCGAGAGCACAUUCGCCAUGAUCCUACGAUCCGAUAAUCUCGCUCAUAGACAAGAUGUGGACGCUGGCUUGCGACGGUGACUGUUUGGGAGGCAAGCGGCAAUGGCUUCGACCCGGCUCAGAAUCCUUUCUUCGGCGAUGUCGCGACAAGGAUGAUAUCAAAGAUGGGAGGUGUAUUACGGAUAAGUCGGUAUCGCGUUCUCAUCUCGUGAUCAGAGUCGACAGCGUCGAGCCCGGCGAUUCCACUCGUUUGGACAAGCGCCAAUGCAUACGACUCGAGGACAACUCCAAGUCAGGAACCGUAAUCAAUGGUGACAAAAUUGUGAAAUCUGUCAUCGUCCUGGAGCCUGGAGACCAUACUGUAUUACUCGGCCGCUAUGAGGGUGUGUUCCAUUUUAGUUGGCGGCCCGUUGUCCUGAGCAUCACCAACCUUUCUAAAACUGCAAAACAGAGUAGCGACCCCUUGUCAGGACAACGGCGCCUACUCGAGCAGGCAGGUGUCAAAUUAUCCAUGUCCUAUAUCGCCAAUGUCACCACUCACGUGAUUGCGAAGAAGCGCAAUACAGCCAUGGGGUUGCAAGCUUUGUUGCAGGCGAGAUGGCUGGUGACCGACUCCUUCGUUGAAAAUCUCGCGCGGGCCUGUCAUAAGGAAGAGGGUCUGAAUUCUGAAGGGAUACCUUACCGAAGUCAUUUGGAGAAGAAUCUGGACGACGCAUGGCCAGCAGAAACCGACCACUUAGUGCCCAUUGGAGAAGAACCAGUAAAGCGGGCCAACACAUUUCUCCAUCCUCGACCUGAAAGGGGCAACGUCUUCGUCGACAUGACAUUUGUCUUUCUUUCCCAGGCACAAUACGACACAUUGCUGCCUGUCGUCACAUUAGGUGGCGGAAAAGCUGUUCUCUGUCAAUAUGAGCCCGAAGUGACUGCUUUGAGAGAAGUCAUCAAUGUCAUCGCGAGAAUCGCUGGAAGGGAGGGUGACAAAAAAUUCAGACUCGACCAGAGUCCUGACUCAGCAAGCAUUGUUGUCGUACGGAUCGGCGAUACAGUAUUAGGUAGAUCGGCGCCGUUCAUCUGCGACCUCGAUCUUGCGCUGGACCAGCGAUCAAUCGAGCAAAGCGAAUUUUUCGGCGCCGUGAUGGAUGGCGAUGCUAGCAUGUUGCGACAGGCAUUACGAGAUGCAAGUAUCAGCGCUGAGCCGAGCCAAGUCGUGCGACAGACAUCGACCGCCGCAGAUCGUAUGCAGACAUCAAGAGAAGCAGGAUCGGCGGAAGGGGAUCAAGAAGAACCCUCUACAUCACAGACAGUUCAAGUCGAGGAGACAGCGCCCUCGAUGUCCAAGAAACGAGUUCGUCGGAUUGUGACCCAAUCACGCUUCAAAGGUUUCAAUGAUUUUGAUCCCAGCCAAAUUGCGCGAGAGGAGUCGAGUUCUCCAGAACCAGAGAAGGCUUCACAGCCACAGCCUUACUUUGCAGCGCCGGAUGCUCCGGACGAGCAGGAUGGUGUAGAGCCGAACAACAAAAAACGGCGUGCCCCGGCAGACGUUGUGCGUGAUGAAGAGCGAGCCUUGCUUGAUGAACUGCUCCCUGGCGCAGCUGCGUUGAAGCGAAGACGCACAGAAGCGUUGAAGACUGGCGAGAAAGAUGUCUUCGCUCGACCAUUUGGAGAUGCUAUUAGCGUCGCACACGAUACGCAAUCCAAAUCGAAACACAAGAAGAGCUUCCUCGAGAAAGACAUCAAAGCCGAGAUCAAGAAGCGUCGCGAGAAAGAGGAAGAAGAGCGACGGAAGGACGAAGAAUCACUACGGACUGCACUUGACAUUGAUAUCAGCGAGCUGAAAGACCUGGCCAAGGUCGAGACCUUUGAGCUGCCAGUGCGUGCGCUACGCCCUACCACUGCAGAAGCAGGCGAAGUUCGAGCAAAUUGGAACCCGGCCUGGAAUGGACGGAAGAACUUCAAGAAAUUUCGUCCUCAAGGCCAACGACGCUCUGAGAACAACGGGUAUGCACAGCCUACGCGCGUUCUCGUGGGCCUCGAGGAAGUGCCCGGACAAGGCAGCCGUUCAGCAGAGAACCACUGGCUACAGUCAAAUUCAUCAGCUCGAAGCAAAAGUCAGUCGCAGUCACAAUCUCAGUCACAACCACCGCGCGGUACUGCGAGCACCUCUCGGACUCUCCGCCACGAGGAGUCGGUUGCGGAUGAUGCCCGAGUUGGAGACGAUGCAUUUUCAUUCCGUCGGCAUCUGCAGCGAAGCCGCGAGGAGUCCGCCGAGAGAGCAGUACAUAACGACCUACCUCCAGCAGAAUCUACUGGAGCAUCUACUGGUGCACCCAGUCCCACUCCGACCAGCACCGAGAUGUCCAGCAGUCGCACCGGAGCCAACAAACGACCCGCGAAUCAACCAGUCGCAGGCGCACCAGCGACGAAACGAAGUCGUCUUGGGAGUAGGAUGAUGAUGGUGGUCAGCGAUGAUGAAGAGCCUUUGGCAUUUAGGAGGAACCGUCGGUAGCACAUUCAUUCUUGACCAUCAUCACACACCUGCACGUUGGUAGCUAUCUAUGGAGAGGAGAUUUCCGCGUCCAACACGUAUGACCAUGAAAAUAUGCGCGAAUUGCUCCAUGCAGCAGCGCUAUGUAGAGUACAUAACGAAGACAUGACCACAAUUUCUGCUUUCGGUGUUAAACUCGUCGCAUGUGAGCAAAUGUUGCAUGUUUGAUGUCCAGCACUCACAACCACCUCUCACCACUAGCGAUACUGUGAG